UUACAGGUUUUCAUCGUGAUAGUUGCCUGCAUUGGUGCCAUUGCUGCCCAGCACUAUUAUCAGCAACCUCAUCAGAGUCAUCACGAGGAAGAGCACCAUGCCCCAGCACACUACGAGUUCCACUAUGACAUCCACGAUGACCAUACCGGAGAUGUGCAUGGACAGAAGGAAACUCGAGAGGGAGAUAAGACUCAGGGAGAGUACUACCUGAUCGAUGCUGAUGGUCACAAGCGCACUGUCACCUAUCACGUUGAUGGCAAGAGUGGAUUCAUCGCUGAAGUGCACCGCGAACCAAUCAAGGGAUACCAGGCUCCACAGCCAGUUCACAAAAUCGUGGCUGCUCCAGUGCAACAACAUUAUUACCAUCACUAAGUGUACGCAAAUGGUUAUCGCUGUUUAAAAUAAUGUAGCAAAAUUUAGUCAAAUUAAAUAAUUCAAUUUAAACUUC